CAUGGGCCCAUUGGGCCAUUGGCCAUGGCGUGGAGUCGGCAGUCUGCAUGGAUACAUCAUUCUCGUAAAACGUCUCCGGCUCUCUGUUAUUAUUUGUCGGUUAUCAUUAUCUGCAAGCCUCAUUCGAUUGUUCAGAGCUGCCGAAAACGUCGCCUACCAGACUGAGUUGUUCUCGACAUCUUCCCUACUGCCGUCCCCGAAGCUUGUCUCCAAACUCAAAUCAAUAUAUACGAAAUAACACCAAAUUUUGGAUCUCGACUCCGGGCGGAAAACCUCCUCGCAAUUGGCGCGCCCACCCCGGCACCGUCGUCAUGAAGUUCGGCGAGCAGCUCCGCUCGAGCAUUAUUUCCGAGUACCAAUGGUACUACAUCGACUACGAUGCCCUCAAGCAGUCCCUGAAGAAGGCCGCUGCCCAACCUGCCGAUGCUGAGUCCUCAAGCACCUCCCCGACCUGGAGUAACGACGAUGAGGUCGAAUUCGUGAGGCAGCUCGACGAGCAGCUCGAGAAGGUCUACCGCAAGACCCAGGUCAAGACCUCGGAGAUCCAGCGUCGCAUAAUGUGGGAGCAGAAAGAGGUCGACGAUCUGGUCAAGAGAAUGAAUGAGCGCGGACCCAAUGAGCCAGGUCCGAGCGAGGAGGAAUUCAUCGCGAGAGAGGAGUUUUUGAGUGACAUCAUUGCCGAUGUUCACGAUCUUGCCAAGUUCGUCCAGGUCAACUACACGGGCUUCCUCAAGAUCAUUAAAAAGCACGAUAAGCUUACUGAUCAGCAUCUGAAACCAAUCUGGGGUGUCAUGAUGAGCCAAAAGGCCUUCUUCAAGGAAGACUACGAUAAAGACGUUGUGAAGCUGUCAAGGAUGUACGACAUCGUUCGCACCCGGGGUAACCCCGUAAAAGGUGACAGCGCCGCUGGAGGAAGUCAGGGCAGCUUCGUUCGGCAGACCACCAAAUAUUGGGUGCACAAGGAAAACAUUACCGAGCUCAAGCUCAUCAUCCUCAAGCAUCUCCCAGUGCUUGUGUUCAAUCCCAAGAAGGAGUUCGAAGCCGAAGAUGCCGCCAUUACCUCCAUAUAUUACGACAACCCUGAGACCUGGGACCUAUAUGAAGGUCGUUUGAAGAAGACAGAAGGAGCCGAGGCCAUUCGACUGCGAUGGUAUGGUGGCAUGCAGACUGAUCAGAUUUUUGUGGAGAGAAAAACGCAUCGUGAGGAUUGGACGGGUGAAAGUUCUGUCAAGGCACGUUUCGGCAUAAAGGAAAAGAACGUCAACGCUUAUAUGCGAGGUGAUCUUCUCCCCAGGGCUAUCUUUGAGAAGGCUCGUAAGGAGGGCAAGAAGUCAGAAAAGCAGAUUGCUGAAGACGAGAAGCUCGCACAGGAGGUCCAGUGGUCUGUCUUGAAGAAGGGCUACAAGCCCGUCUGCAGAUCAUUUUACAACCGUACCGCCUUCCAGCUACCAGCAGACGCUCGUGUCCGUAUCUCUCUAGACACGGAGUUGACUAUGGUGCGUGAAGAUAACCUGGAUGGGGUCAAGCGAUCUGGUGACAACUGGCGGCGUAUGGAUAUCGGUGUCGACUACCCCUUCUCCCAAUUGCCUCCUGGCGAUGUCGAGCGUUUUCCAUACGCUGUCCUUGAGGUCAAGCUCCAGACGCAGCAUGGACAAGAGCCCCCUGAGUGGGUUCGCCAACUCAUCGGAAGUCAUUUGGUCGAGGCGGUUCCGAAAUUCUCCAAAUUCAUUCAUGGCUGUGCAACUCUCUUCCCUGAUCGCAUUCAUUUGCUACCUUACUGGUUCCCCCAGAUGGAUGUAGACAUUCGCAAGCCUAGAACCCAGGACUUCGGUAUUCGGCGGCCAGGGCUGUCCGCUAGUGGUACAACCUCUGAUGACGAGGAAGAUGAUGAUGAUAUCGAUUCGGACGUGGAGGAGGAAGACGCUCAUAGUUCUCGCAACGGCCAUUCGCAAGGGCAGUCUGCUGCUAACGGGGGCCGAACCCCUGCCCUGGCGGACCUGGAGAACCAAACGGCCACGGAUAUACUGGCUAGCGACGACUAUCCUAUAUAUGACUCCGAUGACGAGACUGACCCAGAUGACGCACUUGAAGAGGCGAGGAGAGUGGGCGGCUGGACAUACUAUUCUAAACUUGCCGAGAGCUAUGCAAACUCAGCAGGCAAGGGUCUGUCACGUGUCCUCCAUGCCAUCACCCCCCACCCACGCGGGUCAGCUAUUGGCCCAAGCAAUCGUCAAAUCAUGUUCUUUGGCGGCCAGGAACUCCAAACAAGGAAGUACAAGGCACCAAAGGGGAAGAAGAUAUACGUCCCAAUUAGAGUUGAGCCCAAGGUGUACUUUGCAGCGGAAAGAACAUUCCUUGGCUGGCUCGAAUUCUCGAUAUAUAUUGGCGCCAUUGCUGUCACUCUACUAAACUUUGGCACCAAGCCUACUAUGACGUCCUUCAUUGUCUCGGGUGUUUUCACGGUGCUUGCUAUUGUCGCGCUAUGCUACUCCGUUGGUAUUUAUCUGUACCGUAGCGGCGCUAUAAGGGAGCGCAAGGUGAUCAAGUACUAUGAUCGAUGGGGACCCACGGUUCUGUGUGUAGCAUUGUUCAUUGCAGUAGGUCUGAACUUUGGCUUCGAGGGACGGGACCGCCAGCUCUGGUGAUCUAAUACGCGCUACAUUGGGUAUAUAGUACCACGCCAGAAAUGCUGGGUUGCCAUGAGCUUGGCGUGUAUUGUUUAUAGCGGCCUACCAACCUACAGGAUGAAGUUCCUCAGACUCCGUGUAUAUCGAAAGGACAGUUGUCGAGAGUGAAUCUUAGCAUUUUCAGAUGUAUACCUCUCAUCUUAGGUAACAUUUUCCAUGCAGUAUGACCAGUGGAGAGCUUCUUGAAAGCAAAUGUUGCUUGCGCUGCUAGAGGAGUACUCAAGAAUGCUUUACCGUAGCAGAGCGACUGGACAUGCAUUGCAAAAUUCAUGUACAUAUUAUUAGAUAUCAAUAGUUCAAACUUUG